AUGACCAACAGUUCAUUCUUCUGCCCAGUUUACAGAGAUCUGGAGCCAUUCACAUAUUUUUUUUAUUUAGUUUUCCUUAUCGGGAUUAUUGGAAGUUGCUUUGCAGCCUGGGCUUUCAUACAGAAGAACACACAUCACAGGUGUGUGAGCAUAUACUUAAUUAACUUGCUUACGGCCGAUUUCCUGCUCAUUUUGUCACUGCCAGUGAAAAUUGUUGUCGACCUGGGUGUGGCCCCCUGGAAGCUGAAGAUAUUCCACUGCCAGGUGACAGCCUGCCUCAUCUACAUCAAUAUGUACUUGUCCAUCAUCUUCCUGGCAUUCGUCAGCAUGGAUCGCUGCCUUCAGUUGGUACACAGCUGUAAGAUCUACCGAAUACAAGAACCUGGAUUUGCCAAAAUGAUAUCAGCAGUGGUGUGGCUUAUGGUCCUUCUUAUUAUGGUGCCAAACAUGUUGAUUCCCAUCAAAGACAUCAAGGAAAAGUCACAGGUGGGUUGCAUGGAAUUCAAAAAGGAGUUUGGAAGAAACUGGCAUUUGUUAACCAACUUCCUAUGUGUAGCAAUAUUUUUAAAUUUCUCAACCAUCAUUUUAAUAUCUAACUGCCUUGUAGUUCGACAACUCUACAGAAACAGAGACAAUGAAAAUUAUCCACAUGUGAGAAGAGCCCUCAUCAACAUAUUCUUGGUGACUACAGCAUACAUCAUAUGCUUUGUUCCUUAUCACAUUGUCCGAAUCCCAUACACCCUCAGCCAGACAGAAUUCAUAUCAGACUGUUCAACCAGGAUCUCACUCUUCAAAGCCAAAGAGGCCACACUACUGCUAGCUGUGUCAAACCUGUGUUUUGACCCUAUCUUGUACUAUCAUCUCUCAAAAGCAUUCCGCUUAAAAGUCACUGAGACUUUUGCCUCCCUGAAGGAACCCAAGACUCUCAAAGACAAAUCAGGGUGUGCUAAUGAAGGGUAA